CCUGGGGCGCCGGGGCCGCCGCCGGGGGCCCGCGAUGUGACCAUGGACAGCAGGUUCAAGGAAAAUCCAGAACGUACCUUUGAUUUGGUACUGAAAGUAAAAUGCCAAGCUUCAGAAAAUGAAGAUCCAGUGGUACUGUGGAAGUUCCCGGAGGACUUUGGAGACCAGGAAGUGCUGAACAGCGUUCCAAAGUUCUGCUUUCCUUUUGACGUUGAAAGGGUGUCCCAAAACCAAGUAGGACAGCAUUUCACCUUUGUGCUCACCGACAUUGAAAGUAAGCAAAGGUUUGGAUUCUGCCGUUUGACGUCAGGAGGCAAGGUCUGCCUCUGUAUUCUAAGCUACCUACCAUGGUUUGAGGUAUAUUACAAGCUCCUGAAUACCCUGGCAGAUUAUUUGGCUAAGGAACAGGAAAAUGACUCAAAUGAUUUGUUGAAAUCAUUGUAUAGCCAUCCUGUGCCAAAGGCGAAUGCUUUAGUCAGUUUAAGUGUGAACCAAGAGAUGAUUUUUGCAAGUGAGCAAGUUUUGAAAAAACAGCCUUGUCUUGUAUCGCACUCGUAUUUCAUUACUCCUGAUGUAACUGGAUUGCCAACUAUCCCUGAAAGUAGAAACCUCACUGAAUAUUUUGUUGCUGUGGAUGUGAACAACAUGCUGCAACUUUAUGCCAGUAUGUUGCAUGAGAGACGAAUCAUUAUUACCUCCAGCAAGCUAAGCACUUUAACUGCUUGUGUUCAUGCGUCAGCUGCAUUGUUAUAUCCAAUGUAUUGGCAACACAUUUACAUCCCAGUGCUUCCUCCACAUCUUCUGGACUACUGCUGUGCACCGAUGCCUUAUCUAAUUGGUGUCCACUUGAGCUUGAUAGAGAGAGUAAAAAAUAGAUCACUGGAGGAUGUGGUUUUACUAAAUGUUGACACAAACACUCUAGAAACCCCUUUUAAUGACCUGAACAACCUACCUGGUGAAGUGGUCUCGGCCUUGAAAAAUAAACUGAAGAAGCAGUCGACAGCCACGGGCGACGGAGUGGCCAGGGCCUUCCUUCGGGCACAGGCAGCGCUCUUCGGCUCCUACAGAGAUGCACUGAGAUACAAACCAGGAGAGCCUAUAACUUUCUGUGAAAAUAGUUUUGUGAAGCAUCGUUCCAGUACAACUAAGCAGUUCCUGGAAGCAGCUGUUAAUCUUCAACUGUUUAAACAGUUCAUUGAUGGUCGGCUAUCAAAAUUAAACGCAGGAAGAGGAUUCUCUGAUGUUUUUGAAGAGGAAAUCACAGCAGGAGGCUUUUGUGGAGGAAAUUCAAGAUCUUAUCAGCAGUGGAUGCACACAGUGAAGAAAGGCGGUGCACUGAUCAACACAGCAAUGACCAAAGCCACUCCGGCUGUGAAAACAGCAUAUAAAUUUGCAAAAAACCAGGCGAGGCAAGGAAUAAAAGAAGUGAAGAGUAAGUUAAAACACAAGGAGAGUGAGGAAGAGUAUGGAACUUGCAGUGCUGGUGCAGUACAGACUGUUCCUGCCUACACAUCACAUUAUGACAAAAGAACAAGCUCAGAAAAACGAAGACUGGCACAGACUCGUUUCAACCAGCGCCUCAGUAACCAGGAUAUUGCCUUGGAUGAAGAUGAUGAUGAUGAAAUUGAGAGAACAAGCAAGUUGUCAUCAGAAGACAGUGAAGAAGCUUCUGCCUACUUUUAUGAUAGUGAUGGUUCUGGUGAAACUGGAAUAAUUCAGAAUCAAGGAGAAAUGGACUUGCUUGGAGAGAUUCUGGACACGCUGAGUACACACAGUUCAGAUCAAGGAAAACUCUCAGGAGCAAAGAGCCUGGAUUUCUUUAGAUCAAUGGAUGACAUUGAUUACAAGACAGCGAACAAGUCAAAUGCACCUAGUGAGAGCAACCUUACCCUGCUCUGCAGCAGUGCUAAUGAGCAGGCAGAGUGGAACCUGGGCCAGGAUGACAGUGUCCUCCAUGGGAAGCAGCUCCCCCCAUCACCAAGGAAGCAAGUUUCUUCUGCUGGCCAGAGAGAAUCUCUCUCAAAGGUGGAAGAAGAAAAGAGUGGCAAAACCUUUACCACUGACAAGAUGGGCACCACUAGUUUGACAUCCCUGUCUCCAGUACAAUCAAGUGCCCAGUUUGCUUCCCUAGAAAGUUUCAAAGCAGGCUUUUCUUCCUGUCAGUAUGCAAAGCCUAAUGAAACACUAAGCAAUACCUCAGAAGAUCAGCUCCCAGCAGGUCUUGCUCAACAGCCAUCCAUUCUGGUCCCUUGGGAGAAAGCUGGGAAAGAAGGAGAUGAAACUCCAGAAGAAGGUGGACUUCUUCAAGAAGUGGUGUCAUUGUGUAAACUGAAUUCUGCUUUUCACUAUGGUUUAAAUAUUUCAAAGGAUAGCUUAUCCAGCAGUAGCAGUGGAAAUAAAACGUAAGAAAAGUAUGAGAAGAGAAACUUGACUCCCAUCAGAUGUUAAAGGGAGACUACUCAGGACUCCAUAUAACUCCAUAUAACAUGAUAACCAAAAAAAAAUGAAAAGGAAUAAGAUCUUCAGUUAUAAAAAUAAUUCUCUUCAGUUGAGUAUGCAUUUUCUGCCAUUGGACAUCUGCUUCUAUGUUUACUCAGUUCAUUUGUUGGCUGUAGUUAGGUCCACAAAAUGGAACUAAAUAUAU